GCCGCCAGCAGGCUGGCGCACUUCGCCGAGGCGCUGAGGGAGAUCGUGAACCGGCAGGACGUCACGCCCCACGCGAAGGCGGCGUGGGCGGGGCACCACGUCCUCGCGACCCGGCCCUUCGCCAGGGGCAACGCCCGCCUCGCGCGCCUCCUCAUCAAUUGGGUUCUGCGCUACUGCGGGGUGCCGUUCCCAGUCGUGCUCCUCGGCUCUGCGGAGCGGCAGGCCGCUUGGCGUGGCGUCGCGGAGCAGAGCCGCCCUGGCCAGGACGACUCGCAGCCUCUGGCGGCCCUGGUGGCCGCCGCCGUGGCCGCCGCGUGGGAGGAGGUCGAGCGGCGGGCCGACCGGGCCGUGAAGGCCCAGGAGUCCUCCCGCGAGGACAAGGCGAUCGGCUUCGCCCGCUCCCAGGCGCGGGAGGGCGAGUGCGCCAUCUGCCUGGACUCGCAGCCCGACAUGAUGGUCCUCUGCUGCGGUGCGGCGUUUCACUUCGCGUGCAUGGCGCGCUGGUUCGCUGUCGCCCCGGACCCCGCAUGCCCAGCGUGCCGCAGCCCCAUGACACCCCUACCGCCGGAGGCCUUGCAGCCGCCAACGCGCCAGUCGGAGGCAACCCUCGUGGAGCCCGACAUCCUGCAGCAGCUCCGCUCGCUGAUGUGGCUGCGCCAGUCCCUGCCCGCGGCCCUCUCGCCGCGGGCAGCGGCACCUGCGCCGCCCGCGCGCGCUGCGCAGCCGCCACGCGGCGCGUCGCCGCCGGUGGCACCGGCUGGCGGCCUCAGGUGCGCUUUCUGCGGCAACCUGCGCGCGACCGGCUGCCCGCUGCUCGCGUGCGGGCGGUGCUGCGUGGGCAACCAGCGCCUCCGCGGCCAGCGGUGCCCGCGGCACCCGCCGGAGCUGACGGGCAGAGGCCUUGGACACCGCGACGGCCUCGAGCUGGUGCUCACCGACGACGAAGACGACGAUGCGCUGGGCCCAGCCCAGAUCGACCUCGGGCGCCAGGCGAGCCAGCAGGCGGGUGACAGGUGCGCCUUCUGCGCCAACCGCCGCGCGGCGCACUGCGCUCUGCGCGCCUGCAGCAGCUGCUGCCGGCUACGCACGGACAGGUGCGAGCGGCACCGCGAGCCGCUCUUCGAGGAGCCCCCCGACGCCGACGACCUGCCGGAUGCCGGGGCCGCCCUGCGCCGCGAGCCGCAGCGGGUCGACGCGCGCCGCGACCUGCCCGGUGCUCGCGCAGGCGACGGUCGCCGCGGCCUGCAGCGGCCCGUUGCGGGCGACGCCCGCCAGCACCUGGGUCUGAUUGACGCGGGCGGCACGCGCCGCGACAUACAAGGGGUGCUCCAGGGCUCCCGGCGGUGCAGCUUCUGCCACGCGAGCCCGCGCUCCAGCGGGUGUCUCCGCGGGGCCUGCCGCGACUGCUGCUUCAGGCGGGCCCCCGUGGCUCCCGGCCUCGGGGGGGGUGGCGUGGACGACGACGACGACGACGACGACGACGACGACGGCAACAACGUCUACGAGGAGGAGGAUCGGGACUGCGACAUCGGCGAGGACGCGCGCGAGGAUGGGGGCGAGAACGGGGCACGAGGACGGAUACUGGCAAAGUGUACAAGUUUAGUUCAGAGCUGCGGAGACGCUGGGCGCAAAUAG